AUGAAUAUAGACGUUACCACAAAAAUUGUGAAAGUUGAGGAUACAGUGUUAAUGAAAAUACACAUUGGAAAUUUAUUUGAUCCGGAUAAUUCACAAGAAACUAUUAUAAUGUCUACAGAACAUGAUUCAAGUGAUAUGAAAGUUAUUGCUCAAGGUGGUCAAAUUAUACAAAUUGUAACAGUAGAAUGUGUAACGUGUCAUCGUGUUUUUCAGUCACAAGAUAUGCUAAAAGAACAUUUAGAUAUGUGCAGAGAAGAAGAUGAUUCUGUGAAUAUAUUGCAAUUAAGUAAUCUAGAGAGUUAUGAUUCAGAGGAUGAAGAACAAGAUGAUAAUUCAGAUUACAUUAUUAAUUCUAAUGCAGAAGAUUUAAAGAUACAAACUACAAAUUUUAGAUUUGUUCCAGUGGUCAGAAAAACUAAUAAUGAUAAACCAGUAAUUAUGCCUGUACCUGAUACUCAAUGCCAUUGUUGUGCUGAAGAUUUAAGCACAGCACACAAUGGUGGUCAAUAUAAAUGUCAAAAUUGUGACCUUUCGUAAAAGAAAUCGUCUUUAGAAAGACAUACCUUCGUAAUUCAUUGGCAAUGCGAUUCUUGUACUUGUAAGGAAUGUGGAGAAUCGUUUUCGAUAAAAAAUCGUUUGAACAAACAUCGGUAUACCACUCAUUGUGGCCGAAAGGUUUAUAGGUGUGAGCCUUGUGAUACUUAUUUCUCUCGAAGUUAUCAUUUAAAUCGUCACAUAAUGCAAUCAGUUGUCAUGGGAACAUCAUGGAAUACAUUCAAUUGUCAAGUUUGUAAAAAGGUAUUUACCCGUAAAGAUAAUUUACGGGAACAUUUGCGCACUCAUGGAACACCCCAAAGACAGAAAAAGCCUUGUAAAUACUGUCAGGAAUUCUUUACUAGCCAACAGCUAGUAAUUCAUGAACGCGUACACACAGGAGAACGACCAGUUCAAUGUGUAUGUCCUAAAACAUUUUUAUCAUCUCUUGCCAUUAAAAAACAUAGACGAGUACACACAGGAGAAAAACCGUUUGAAUGUAAAUUUUGCCACAAGAAGUUUGCUGCCCGAGAAACUUUAAAUCGACAUCAGAGAACUCAUACUGGUGAAAAACUUCACGUUUGUCAAUACUGUGGAAAAUCAUUUAUUCAGGCCGCACUAAGAGCACAUAUAUUUCACCAUACUGGUGAAAAUGGUUUCUAUUGUGAUGUGUGUGGACAAGCAUUUAAUCGAAAAGCCCGUUUAAAUGUACACAAAAAAUUCGUCCACGAAGGAGCAACACCGUUCACGUGUGAAAUUUGUGAAAAAAGAUUUAUUAGAAGAGAGGAUCUUGUUAAACACGCAUUGCUUCAUACAGGAGUUAAACCAUUUAAAUGUGAUAAAUGUGUAAAAGCUUUUUCUACAAAGUCAUCUUUGCAAGCUCAUUUAAAUACUCAUAGACGAGAACCACCGCAAUCGUGCGUUGAAUGUAAUAAAGUUUUCAUUCGACAAGAUUGUUUAAUGAGACAUAUCAAAGCAAAACAUCGGGAACUAUUAGAGGAUGUAAUGAACGAAGUUGAGAAAAAGCAUUUGCAAACACAGUUAUAUAACAUUGCCACAAUUGCUGCAGAAAAACAACAAGAAUGGAAAAUCCAGAAGACUUUCCACCGAUGAACUAUUAAAGCUAUUUCGGAUCUUUUAAAGAUAUUAAUCGAUGAUGAAACACUUCAGCUGUUUGGUUGGCCUGAUGCUUCUAUUCAAGAUAUUCUAGAAGCUGUAAUUAGAAGAUGCGGCCAUCAGCCAUUGACGUCUGAAAGUGAAUUACUUUUUACCGAACGAUUAAGAGAAAACAUCAAACUUUUGUUCACAGUUGUCAUAGAAGAUGAUACGGUAAAAUCACUCUUAACAACAAAAACAGUGGAUGAUGUUAUUAUACACGUUUUAGAACUUUCUAAGGAAUGUACAUCAAAUUCGUAGUUGUACAACAAAAAAAAAAGUUAAAUAAUUUUCUAUUUAUACAUAUA